AUGUUGAAGGCAAUCACACUAGUUUUUGGAUGCUUUCUGAUCAGCCAUGCCUUAGCUGCAAGGCCGAAAGGGAUUCCCAAGCUUUACCAAGAGCCCCCUCCAUAUGCAGCUCCCGCUCCAUAUGCAGCUGCCCCAGGGCCGCACAACAACCCCUGGGCGCCCGCACCGUGGCAAAUGCCCAAUCAGCUUGGACGCAACAGGUUCUUUGUCGGAGAUUAUCCGCCCGGAGCAGCCCCGCAACCCUCGGACGCUGCAGACUUGCUCGAACCGUCGGAGGGGGAUCUUGCAGUAGCAGCUGUUGGCGGGGCGGUAUGUGCUGUCAUCUUGGUCGCUGUGGUGUGGUGCUUUGCGGCUAUCUUUACUCGGCGAUGA